UUCUUUCGAUUUGUUUAAUUUCAUUAGCAUGUAGUUAAUUAAAUUUCAUGAAGAGAUCAAAUUAAAGCUCAACAACAAUAGUGUUUUCGGAAAAGAGCAGCCUUUCCCUUUCUUUUGUGAAACACCCAAUUUUUGGUUGUAUAUUUAGUGUAUUGUUGCUUAAAAAGGCAAAAAAAAAAGAUUCAAUUUUUGAAGCACUCUCUGAAAAAUACAGGGUGAGAAUUGUUGGUUCAGUGAAUUUGUUGGCUGUUUUCGAUUUACCUAUAUAUGGUAUGGUAUUUUAUGUUGAUUCUUACUAAAAAACAAUUCUGUCUAGAAAACUGUCGUCGGAUAAGUUAUGGUGACAAGAAAGUUAUUCAUAUUUUAUGUAUCAAGAAUGUGUGUUUUGCCCAAAGAUUUGAUUUUUUCUCUUAAUUUCUCUUUAUUUUGGGGGUUAAAGGAGCAAGAAAUUGAAAUCCCAGCAACCCAGAAAGAAACCUACUUUUCGUUUUCUGCACUCAUCACAUUAAAGAACCAUGUUUUAGAUUUUGGUACGUAUUUUUAAUUGUCAAUAUGAACCCUAUGAUCUUGUGGUUUUUAGGGUUCCUCUUAUCUGCGUUCAAACAUCGAAUUUAAUUAUUGCUGAUGCAGUUUUGUCCUUUUUUUUUUAUCAUCAAACACCUCAAUUUAUGACUCAUCUAAUUUCUCUUGAAACUUUCUUUUUUCUUGCUCGUACAUCAGCCCACUAAAUACUCAUACACCUUGUCUGAAAUGGGUGUUUCUGUUCACACCCAUUUAAUUUUUUUCACAUGAACUUUUUUAAUAUCUCAUCGUAUAAAUUUAUGUGUUUUGUGUUGGUUGGCCUCUUAGAUUCCAAAAUAAAAUCAUGACACGGAAAGUGUUUUCCUUUUAUUUCAUCAAAAUGUGUCUGUUAACUAACAAGAUUGCUCUUUUUUGGUGUGAUUGGAAAUAAAUUUGGGCUAAUUUUACGGUCUGUAAAAAAAAGAGCAACUAAGUGACAAAAUUGCAUACUACCUCUGUCCCAAGAUAUUAGAUUCGUAUACCACUUUGGGGUGUCCCAACAUAUUUGAGUCAUUUCUAUUUAUGGUAAAAAUUUACUUUAUUACCGACCCCACUUACACCACUAAAUAACACUUCCUAAAUUCUUGUGCCAAAAGAAAUGAGUCUAAUAUCUUGGGAGAGAGGGAGUACUGUUUAAUUGAUAAUUGAUGAUGCUUCCUCUUCGUUACUGUCUUUUGAUGAAUUCCGUUCCAGUCACAUAGCUGCUUUCCUCUCUCUCUCUCUCUAAAACGCGCACACACACAGUGAUCACUGAUGAUGGUGUCAGUGUUGCAGAAAAAAGUCAGUAGCACUGAAAAGAAAGAGAAGAGAGAGAUUUAUGAGAAGGGGAGUUGUAAUAAAAUAUCUUGGUUAUUGUCCACAUUUGAGUGCUGUGCACAUAUAUUAAAGAAUUUCCCACAAUUUUAUACAUUCUGAUAGCUAUUUUAACAAACCAUCAUCAUACAAAUACCAUAUGAUCAAACUCAACCAAAAUGAAAGAUAUGCGUAUACAUAUAUACAUUGUGCGUGUGCGUGUGUCUAUGUCUAUAUAUAUAUAUAUAGGUGAGAUGAAAAAUGAAAGUAAAUCUACUUCUGUUUCUUCAAUACUGCCAACCUUCUUUGCUGAAAAUAAUGAGAUUUCUUCACCCUCGCUCUUCUUGUGAAAAACACACACAACACAAUAUAGAAAGGUUAAUGUUCCAUUUGGGAGUAUGUUUAGUAUUGUGACAGUGAGAUGUGGGCACUGCUCAAAUUUGCUCUCAGUCAAUAUGGGAGCUUUACUUCAGUCUGUUCACCUCCAAGAUUUUCAGUUGCAGAAACAACACUCCUUCGCCGCCAGCGUCAACGCUGCGGCCACUAGGGACAACGGCUCCUCUUCAAAGUGCAAUAGAUACGGUUCCCCUCAUGUUCACACUGAACAGCCUAAGAUGCCUCCAAUACGCCCACCAGAGAAAAGACAACGCGUUCUAUCAGCGUACAAUCGUUUCAUAAAAGAGGAGAUUCAGAGGAUAAAAGCAAGCAAUCCUGAUAUUAGUCAUCGUGAAGCCUUUAGCACUGCUGCAAAGAACUGGGCACAUUUUCCUCAUAUUCAUUUCGGAUUAAAGAUGGAAAGCAACAAACAAGCAAAGCUGGAUCAUCCAGUUGCAGAAGAAGCCACGCCUCAGAAAUCUCUUGGUUUUUAGUAAGAUUACUUUUGCAAAAUGAGGUUAAAAAAAUGCAUAUCUGAAGAUUUUGGUCGUUUGAUCCCUCUCACAACAAUUAGGUUUAAUUCAUAAAAAUGAUAUAAGGGGUUUGACACCAUAUAUGUUCAACUCGUGGGUUGCAAAGAUGCAAUUUUUUAUUUUCCCUAAAAACUAAUUUAGUCGAAGAGUUAAUUCAGAUAUUCGAAGCCUAAUAUAUAUGUAUAUGUCUAAGCAUCUACGUGAUUAUUACCCACUAUUAACUGUGUCUUAUUUAUGGGUUUUAGUACUUGAAGUCAUAUACUAUAUGUUCAUUAAUUUGUGCAUGUAGUAUGUAGCAAACUCUAACUAUUGUACAAACUCCAAACUACGAGAUCUGAACAAUUAGAAAAUGUCAACAGAUAACAAAAUAAUAGCAACAAAAAAUGUCAGCACAGUGUCAACGGUUGAUGCAGUGUCAGAAUCGUGUUGACACUGUGUUAACAUUUUUUGUUGCUAUUAUUUCGUCAUCUGUUGACAUUUUUUAACGGCCUAGAUCAUAGUUUAGAGUUUGUCUAAUAUAUAGAGUUUUCAUUUUAUCACUACCCUUAAUUUCCUUGUGUAUAUAUAAUUUAUUUAUUUAUUGUUGAAUAAUGUAUAUAGUUUUCUGUGCAUACUAAACAAACAUGAUAAUUGGUUUAACUAAAAAUGUGUUCUUUCUUUUAAAUAUUGCAACUUUUGCAACGUUAAUAGUUGUCCACAUCAUGCACUCUUCUAGCGAUCAUAUUGUUAACAAUAAAAAUGGUUUCAAUCAUAACCCCUUCAUUUUUAAGUCAAUUUAAAUAGAUAGUACAAUUAUCUUAAAUAUGGUGGUUUUACAUGCAUGAUUUACUCACAAGAAAACACACACAAAAGUGAUGCCAAAAAACAUUCUCAAGGCAUUUGCCCUAUAUUCAAGGGAUGUGACCAACACACACACAAACACACAUCUGUCUCCUUAAUUACAGAUGCAGCCUGAAGCAGUGCUUUUGAGUGUGGAAACUAUGGGUGUAUUAUUGAUGUAGUUUUGGACUAUUUCACUUUAAUAAUUAUAAUUUCUCAA